GGGCGGUCGGCCAAGAUGGCGGAGCUGAGCGGCGGCGGGCCCGGCUCGGCUGGUGGCGGCGGAGGCAGCGGCGACAGCGCAGAAAGCGGGGGCGGCGGCUCCGAGUCGGGCCCGGGGGGGCUCCUCAUCCGCGUGACGGUGAAGACCCCGAAAGACAAGGAGGAGAUCCUCACCGGCGAGCGCGUCUCCGUCAAGGAGUUUAAAGAAGAGAUUUCCCGUCGGUUUAAAGCCAAACAGGAUCAGCUGGUUCUGAUCUUUGCCGGGAAGAUUCUGAAAGACGGGGAUACCUUGAAUCAGCACGGCAUCAAAGAUGGACUGACGGUGCAUCUGGUGAUCAAAACUCCACAGAAGACUCAAGACCCUUCAGUGGCACCUGCUGCUUCCCCUCCUCCUGCUGCUGCUACUGCUACUUCUGUUGCUGCUGCUACUCCCUCUGCAGCCCCUGCUUCCCCUGCAGCACCACCUCAGCCUUCAACAUCCAGCAACACACUCUCUGAUGUAGGGAGCAGCAGCCGGAGGAGCAGCGGAUUGGGAGCCACGCCAGGCCUGGCAGCAGAUGGAACCCCUGGCGGAGCCACCUCCAUCUUGUCUGGCUUUGGUGGCAUUGCUGGGCUUGGUCACCUGGGGAUGGGCUCUGCGAACUUCAUGGAGCUUCAGCAGCAGAUGCAGCGGCAGCUGAUGUCCAACCCAGAGAUGCUCUCCCAGAUCAUGGAGAACCCCCUGGUCCAGAACAUGAUGUCCAAUCCAGACUUCAUGCGGCAGAUGAUCAUGGCCAACCCCCAGAUGCAACAGCUGAUGGAGCGCAACCCAGAGAUUAGCCACAUGCUGAACAACCCUGAGCUUAUGCGCCAGACCAUGGAGCUGGCACGCAACCCUGCCAUGAUGCAAGAGAUGAUGCGCAACCAGGACCGAGCCCUGAGCAAUUUGGAGAGCAUCCCUGGCGGGUACAAUGCCCUGCGGCGAAUGUACACAGAUAUUCAGGAGCCCAUGUUCAGUGCUGCCAGGGAACAGUUUGGCAAUAAUCCCUUCUCUGCCUUGGCUGGGAGUUCCGACACCUCAAACUCACAGCCCCUGCGGACAGAAAACCGAGAACCACUGCCCAACCCUUGGAGCCCCACGCCUGCCUCUCAAGGCCAGGCACCAAGCGGCGAAGGAAGCACCGGCUCGGUGACAAGCCAAAGCACACCCACUGUCUCCAACCCUUUGGGGAUCAACGCAACCAACCUAGGAUCUGGGAUGUUCAGCAGCCCUGAGAUGCAAGGUCUUCUGCAGCAGAUCUCAGAGAAUCCCCAGCUCAUGCAGAACGUGAUAUCUGCCCCUUACAUGCGUACAAUGUUGCAGACGCUAGGCCAGUACCCUGACAUUGCAGCACAAAUGAUGGUGAAUGUCCCCCUCUUCGCCGGCAACCCCCCGCUUCAGGAGCACCUGCGACUCCAGCUACCCGCCUUUCUACAGCAGAUGCAGAACCCUGAUUCUCUCUCGAUCCUGACCAACCCUCGUGCCAUGCAGGCCCUGCUGCAGAUCCAGCAGGGGCUCCAAACGCUGCAAACGGAGGCCCCAGGACUGGUUUCCAGCCUUGGGACUUUUGGAGCACCUCGCGUCCCUCCGCCCUCUGCCGGAGGAAGCACAAUCCCCGAGACCCCCAUCUCCUCCGCCUCAACACCUGCUAGUGCCUCUCCAGCUGGGGACAGCAACCCCCACCAGCAGCUCAUGCAGCACAUGAUCCAGCUACUGGCCGGUGCAAAUUCUCAAGCACAGAGUCCAGAGGUCCGGUUCCAGCAGCAGCUUGAGCAGCUCAAUGCAAUGGGCUUCAUCAACCGUGAGGCAAACCUUCAGGCGCUCAUUGCCACUGGUGGAGACAUCAACGCCGCCAUCGAGAGACUCUUGGGCUCCCAGCCUUCCUAACAUCGUAGGCCCCUGCAAUCCGCGACAUGAUAUCAAAACACAGACCUCUCAAGGAUUGUCAUUGUCAGGCCCUCCGACAGCUGUCCAUGAAUUUAAAAACUGGAACAACAACUGCCCCCCUUCAGUUCAGUGCAUCCCAUUCUAUGUUUUCCUCUGAAAUGCUUCAAAAACUGCCUUGUGCAUGGAUGAAUCCAGUUCUUGAAAAACGGCCAUUCUGAGAUAGGUUUCUCCCCUGCUUCUCUCUCCACCCACACCCUGUUGCCCCCCAAAAUGAAGCUCCUACUCUAACUGGUCAAAGUGUAACUUCUAGAUAACCCAAAUCAUUGUGUUGGAUUAGCUCACUUUUUAAAACAUAUAAAAGCUGUAUUUCUUUUCUCCCCCGCCAA